UUUUGCCAGGAGAGAUGCGCCAACCCUAAUCCGGAAAAAAAAAGCAACUCCUUCUUCCUCUUCGACACGGCGGCGAUGAGGGACUUUCGAGUUUCCCUGAAACGGUUCUAUUAAUGGCUGCGCGGUAAAUCGAAUUGAUUGUCCCCUCCACGAUCCAUCUUCAAUGGUUUGCUAACGGCGGUCUCUAAACGGUAUAAAUAGAUAGUUUUCUUUUCCGAUCUGAAGUCUGGCGGCAAGUGUUCCUCCGUCGUCGAGGCGAGACUCUUGCGAUACUGGGAGGCCUGGAAUGUGAAACGCGGCAGCGACCUGAUGUGGGUCGACAUGCUCUUGAUCGACGUUAAUUCAACCAUAAUGCAAGCCACCAUCUAUGCUAACCGCCUUCCGAGAUUCCGGUCUAAGCUCGCCGCCGGAAAAAUGUUUUCUAUAUCCGGUUUCGAUGUUGCCCAGUGUGCUCAGAAUUACCGGCUCACCGACUCUCCUUUGCUGCUCCGGUUUAGUGAUUUAACCGAUUUUGAUGAGUUAGCAGAGCCGGUUUCGCCCUUGCCACAAGAAGGCUUCCGGUUCCGCAAUCAUUCUGAGCUAGCCGAAUUGGCUAACACGAACACACAGCUCCCAGACAUUAUAGGUGAGAUAACAGCUGUUAAGAGUACCGUUAACGACUCUCUUGGAGAGAAGGACCGUAUCAUGGCAACUAUCAAGUUGGAUAAGUAUUUCUUAAUCUUUAGUUUUUUAUUAUUUCCUUUAUAUAAUUAGAUGUGGUAGAAUUCA